AUGUUCUAUCCUACAGAGAAUACAUCUUCCCCUCCAGUCUAUCGCAAGUUCUUAUGCUGUGGGAAACCAGAGCAAUCAGUAUUGAUUGGAGGGGAUAUUUGUGGCUUCAGUUAUACCCAGCUUGAAAAAUGGCUAAAACCAUUUAGUCCAGUUCCCUUUCGACAUAUUGUGAAGAAGCUGCAAAUGGGUAAAUAUGGCCAUCUUCAUUUCGAUACACAGAUGGAAGCUGCUCAGUUCUACCAUGAAAUGAAUGGGAGGCUAUUUGAUGCACUGGAGGGUAGGGAUGGCAAUGUAAAGUUUUCUCAUGCCCUAUACUUCAAUUCUAAAAGACCAGUGGAGUAUGGGAAGGCAUUGGGCAUUGCCACAACUAAAAGAGAAAGAGCGACAAUGACGUCCCUGAUGGCAGAGGAGGUGACUGGCAACUCACCAAAAUGGCCGCAAGACAGCAAGGAAUCUGCCACAUGCGAACUUGGCGAAGACAGCAAGACUGGUAGCAAGUAUGAAUUUAACAAAGGCAGCAAAUCAUUGAAGCAGUCGCAGAACAGUAAGGCAGACGUCACAUAUGACUUGCCCGAAGGUAUUCUUGGCAGCUCCACUGAACAACUGCAAGAUAACAAGACCAAUGUUGCGUAUAGGCUCUACGAAGACAGCCAAGCUUUCUGCAUAGUUUUGCUUACUCCGGGUAUCAAAGACAAAACUGAAUUUGAGAUUGCUGUUGCCGAUGACGAUCAGUUCAUAUCCAUCAAGGGGAAAUUUGUGAACAACUCAGCUUCCGGGAAGUUGAUCAUCGACUCGAUCCCUUCAGGGCCCUUCCAAGCUGAAAUUCCACUGCCAGGGAAAAUUGACAUUUCCUGCAAUGUGGACAUCUGGAUCAAACAUGGGACAAGACCAGAAGUGCAUGCUUCAGAAAAAAAUGACCAGGAUAAAGCUGUAAACACAUCACUUUUAAAGCACAAGCAAGAAAAUAAUGAUGAAGUCUUUUAUAAUACAAGUACUGAGGGGAGUGAUGAUGACAGUGAGCUGUCUGAUCUGGAGACUGAUAGUGGGGAUGAUUCUCCAUCUGAGAUAGCAAAGAGAACAAGAGAGCAACCCCUCAAAAAACAGAGGUUGAUAAAGGAAGGGAAAUGCAUAAUGUCCGAGCUGAUGAGUGCAAGCUUCAAAAGCUUUGCAAGAGCUCAUGCAGAGAUGGAAGACAGCAAAAAUUUAUGUCAUAGUUUUGUACUGGAUCCUAAAGACACAACUUAUGUAACAGAGGGCAUUUUCACAAAAGCUGAGUUGGAUGAAAUUGCCAUGCACAAGAGACAUGCCUUACCCGAGAUUCCUAAAGAUCUCUUAGAUUACCUAAUGACUUUUGUGAAGGCAUGCAAGGUUCAAUUUUAUGUGGUAAACUUGAUUGUAACUCAUGUUACUAUUUCUGGGCAGAACACAACACAUGAGCUUCGGCAAGCACUAGGAAAACCAAUAGUAUCAGCUGAUGGUGUCAAUGUUCGUGAGAUGCAUCAUGAUUUUGAUUGGCUGCAUCAAGUAGUGCAUUCAUU